CUUCGAAGGACAAGCAGGAGCAUCUCCUAGGGAAGAGCAGAGUUUUCAGAGAGAGUAGUACUAGCAGUAGUAGAGAGAGAGAGAGAGAGAGAGAGAGAGAGAAAGAGGGAAAGGCAGUGAAGAAAAUUUAAUUGUUCUGUUUCUGAAAGAGAACCCUCUUAUUUGGGUAUCGGGGGUUACACAGACAAAUAAAGACUGGCAGCUGUGAUGACGUCUUCACUCAGUAGAGACCUCAUCUUUCUAAUUUUGCAGUUUCUUGAUGAAGAAAAGUUCAAAGAAACUGUUCACAAGCUCGAGCAAGAAUCAGGAUUGUUCUUUAAUAUGAAGUACUUUGAAGAGCUUGUUAUGAAUGGCAACUGGGACGAGGUCGAAAAGUAUCUCUCUGGGUUUACCAGAGUGGAUGAUAACCGCUAUUCUAUGAAGAUAUUUUUCGAAAUUCGAAAGCAAAAGUACCUUGAGGCAUUAGAUAAGUUUGAUCGAGCCAAAGCUGUAGAUAUCCUCAUUAAGGAUUUGAAGGUGUUUUCCUCUUUCAAUGAAGAUUUGUUCAAAGAGAUCACUCAGCUCCUCACAUUGGAUAAUUUCAGGUCACACUGCAGGGAAAAUGAUCAACUCUCAAGUUACAGAGACGCAAAAACAGCUAGAACUAUUAUGCUGAUUGAGCUCAAGAAGCUUAUUGAGUCUAAUCCUCUUUUCCGCGAUAAAGUACAGUUUCCUAACAUAAAAGGCUCAAGGUUGCGGAUGCUUAUCAACCAAAGCUUAAAUUGGCAACAUUCCCUUUGUGGAAAUCCAAGGCAAAAUCCUGAUAUACGAACUCUUUUUGCGGAUCACAAUUGUAGGAAUUCCAAUGACGCAUAUGUCCAUCUUGCUUCAAGCAAUCAGCUUGUAGGUUCUGCUCCAAAAACUGAAGGUUUCCUUCAAAUGGUUGUAAAUGGGCCAUAUCAACCCACAUCAGCACCAGUACAAACUCCAUUUACCACAUGGAUAUCUAAUCCCUCAACUGCUACUCAUCCAGUAGUUUCUGGAGCUGCAUUAAAUUUUGGCAGUCUAAAUCCAGCUACAAUGUCAAAAGGUCUUGGGGAUUCUGAUGCUUCCAGACCAAGGAUAUCUGGCGUUUCAGAUAGGAUAAUGUUACCAGGAAAUAAUUCUGGUCAAAAUCAUCAUGGCUUCGCUUUUAACAUAAUUGAAGAAUUGCCCAAGACUGUGGCACGUACAUUAAACCAGGGCUCUGUUCCCACAAGCAUGGAUUUUCAUCCUGCUCAACAAACUCUACUUCUCGUUGGAACCAGCAUUGGGGACAUUAGCUUGUGGGAAGUUAGUUCUAGGGAGAAGCUGGUCUCCAAAAAUUUUCAGGUAUGGGAUAUUGAAGCAAGUUCAAUGAUACUGAAGGCAUCUAUAAUCAAAGAUCCAUGUGUUUCUGUGAAAUGCGUGUUAUGGAGUCCUGAUGGUUCAUUAUUUGGAGUUGCACAUUCGAAGCAUAUAUUGCAGUUAUACACCUAUUGUGGUGGACAAGAUAUUAGACAUCAUUUGGAGAUUGAUGCUCACAUUGGAAGUAUAAAUGAUCUAGCCUUCUGCAAUCCCAAGCAACUUGCUGUCAUUACUUGUGGUGAUGACAAGGCCAUCAAGGUUUGGGAUUUGACUACUGGUGCAAAACUUUUUACAUUUGAAGGUCAUGAUGCUCCUGUACAUUCUAUCUGCCCUCACUCUAGAGAUAAUGUUCAUUUUAUCUUUUCAACAUCUGUCGAUGGAAAAAUUAAGGCAUGGUUAUAUGACUCUUUGGGAUCCAGGGUUGAUUAUGAUGCUCCUGGUCACUCAUGCACUGCAAUGUCCUAUACUGCUGAUGGAAAGAGGCUAUUUUCAUGUGGGACAAGUCAAAAGGGAGAGUCGCACUUGGUAGAAUGGAAUGAAAAUGAAGGUUCCAUAAAAAGAACAUAUCAAGGAUUUCAUAAACGUUCUUUAGGUGUUGUUCAAUUUGAUACUACCAAGAACAGGUUCUUGGCUGUUGGUGAUGAUUACUCAAUCAAAUUUUGGGAUAUGGAUAAUCCCAAUAUUUUGACAACCAUCGAUGCUGAAGGAGGCUUACCAGCAAGUCCACGAAUUCGAUUCAACAAGGAAGGCACAUUAUUGGCAGUUUCUGCAAAUGAUAAUAAAAUCAAGAUCUUGGCAACUAUAGAUGGGCUACGUUUGAUGCAUACAUUUGAAGGCCAUUCUCUCAUGGCUUCGAGACUUGGAAUUGCAUAUGACACAUUAACAAAGAAUGGUGAUGCUAGAAACUUAGAAGAUGCAAAAUCAAGAUUACCUGAAGAACCAAACCCAUCAAAAACAUGGAAACUGGUUGAGAUUAAUGAUCCUUCUUGGCUUCGGUCGUUGAGGCUCUCAGCCCGUGUUAAAACAGAUAAGAUUGCAAGGUUGAUCUACACAAAUUCGGGCACAGCCAUCUUGGCACUAGCACUCAAUGGCAUUCAUCUACUAUGGAAGUGGCCACGACUAGACCAUAAUUUGAGUGGGAAGGCCACCACCAAGGUUUCCCCUCAAUUGUUGCAUCCGGCUUCUGGCAUAUUAAUGACAAAUGAUCUAACAGAUGCUAAGCCUGAAGAGGCUGUACCUUGCUUUGCUUUGUCUAAGAAUGAUUCCUACAUUAUGUCAGCAUCUGGAGGCAAAAUUUCCUUGUUCAAUACUAUGACAUUUAAGACAAUGACAACAUUCAUGUCUCCACCACCUGCUGCAACAUAUCUUGCUUUCCACCCUCAAGAUAACAAUAUAAUUGCAGUAGGCAUGGGCGAUUCUACAAUACAUAUAUACAACGUUCGCAUGGAUGAAGUCAAAACCAAGCUUAAGGGACACUCUAAGAGAAUCAGUGGACUUGCAUUCUCCAGUGUGCUGAAUAUGCUCAUUUCCUGCGGUGCAGAUGCUCAGAUUAUCGUAUGGAGUUCUGAUAAAUGGGAAAAACAGAAGAAUACUUUUGUGAAAAUUCCAGCUGGGAGGACACCUGCAGGAAUGUCAAACACCCAAGUUCAGAUUCACCUAGACCAGAUCCACUUACUUGUAGUACAUGAAACUCAGCUUGCCAUAUAUGAAACAACAAAACUUGAAUGCACAAAGCAGUGGACAAUUGGAGAAUUUGCAGCACCAAUCUCCCACGCAACUUUCUCAUGCGAUAGCCAGCUAGUAUACAGUAGCUUCCUGGAUGGAAUUCUACGCAUAUUUAGCGCAUCAAAUCUUGAAGUUCAAUGUCAAAUUAAUCCUUGUGCAUACCUUCCACCAGAUAUCAGGUCUACAGUAUACCCACUUGUGAUAGCAGCACAUCCUCAAGAAGCUAACCAGUUCGCUAUAGGGCUAGCGGAUGGGAAUGUUAUGGUCUUUGAGCCUCUUGAAUCUGGUGGUAAAUGGACUGUGUCUUCUCCUAUUGAGAAUGGGACAACAAGCAACGCUCCUCCUGUCCAGCCAAUCAUUGCCCUUGAUAAACCUCAACAACCUGGAAUGAACGAAGUCUAGUUGCUAUUUAAAUGUCAGCUUGUACAUUUUAAUAGUAAUUAGGUUAGGCUUUUCUUUCGCUGGAUGAAUUUUACAUACAUGUAGGCUAAACUUUGAGUUUAAUUUUAUAGUUUUAUAGAUGAAUCUGAGUACCAAUUUGCCAAA